CCUCGCGAACCGAAGUAUCGUGAACUGCCACGAGUGGGAUUACGACGUCCGCGACCAAAUGAACAGCAUCGUGAGCCAGUUCAACCUAGUCUGCGACCGCAUCUUCCUGUAUGAUUUUUCUACGCUGCUGCCUAUUAUCGGUUACAUGAUCUUGUCUCCCGUAGCCGGGAUCGCGUCAGACCGGUUGGGUCGGAGACCAGUGACGCUGGUCUGCGCGAUCACUGUGCUCAUUUCGUCUCUCUGCAGCAGCCUGCAAGCGAGGUACACCUACUUCGUCACCAUGCGCAUACUGGCCGUUUCCUCAGCGAACGCCGCGUACCUGCUCACGUUCAUACUCGUCUACGAAGUCACGGGCAAAGCGCGUAGGCCAUUGUUCACCUUGUUGCAUUACGCCGUGGCCAGCACCGUCGUGCCGGCGUUCCUGGACACCAUCGCUUUUCUGAGACCGAGCUGGAUUCUCUCGCACGGAUUCCUCGCUGUCCCCACGCUCGCUUUCGUGCUUUGGUGUUUGCACCUAGGAGAGUCCCCAGUCUGGCAGCUGGCCACUUGGCGCCUGCAAGAAGCUGAAGUGAACGUCUUGGCAGCCGCCGAACUCAACGGCGUCGACAUGGUCGUCGCCAAAGCGGCUUUCCAGAAAAUACUUCACCGGCUCAGGAAGAUUGAACGCAGCCUCGACGCCACGACAACCACCAUGGCGGCAAGCGACAGCCUCUUCCAGACGGCUCUCAUGCGACGCUGCGCGAUCGCCGCCUUCUUCGCCAGGUUCUCCACGUGUGCCAUCUACUACGGCAUCAUGGUCACCGACGAGACGAGCGACCACCUCGGGGAAGCGGCUCACGUGGUCCUCACGACGUUCACCUACGUGGUCAUCGUGCGCGCCAUGUCCACGUACGGCAUCCGAAUGACGCUCACGGCCAUUCUCUCCGCCCUCGGUUUGAACGGGUUGGUCGAGGCAGCGCUGACGGCGGCCGGAUACGGCGCGGCGAUUGGCGUCGCGCAUGCCGGCACCAAGGCUCUAGUAUCGUGCGCCCUUGGUUUGGUGCUGUGCUACACGGGCGAAGUAUUCCCCACGCACCAGCGCAGUGCCGGUGUCAGCGUGGCCCUGUUUUUCGGAGGCAUGGGCGCGCUCAUGGGCACCGGCCUCGUGAAGUCCGUCGGUGAAGAGGCUGCUCCGGUGUUUAAAGCGUUCUUCGCCGUCAUGGCGCUGUUCAGCGUGGUGGCUAUACAGUGGUUGCCUCAAGUGUUCAUCGAGCAGAUGAAGAAGCGUAAAUCCGCAGCAGACCUGAGCGCACAAGAAAGAAAGGCUGCCCUCAAAAAGUCCCUAGCACCACAUGUCCGGAAGAACAUGCGACACCAUAAGAGCAAAAGCGUCAAAUCGCCGAAAUCUCCAAAGCCGCCGCAGUAGUCUUUCAUGUACAACUGCCACCGUGUGAUAAUUGAAGUGCUUAAAAUACUUAUGGCUUGGACACCAGAGGAACAUAUUUACUGAUGGUUAGUUCUCAAGAAUGUUUUUUUUGUGUGUGUGUGUGUCUGCGAAAAAUAAUCUGCUGGGGUG